AUGCCUCCGAGUAGCUCGAAACGGCGCCAGCCAAGCAGCCCUGUGUCUCCCCGGACAUCCCGCCGACUGGCUAGGCUGCCUCCUGAGGACACUGGGGAGGAACUGUCAUCGGUUUCAACACACGCUCGGACCCGUAAGUCCAAUCGUCAGCAGUCAGAGCGUGGCCUCUCCGUGGUUGUUACCGAGGAGCCGCCCGAGACACUGCCGAAUGUUAUAGACGCCGCCAGGAAGAGGGUGAAGCGUUAUAAAAAAGGAAAGAGACCACAUGAUCAGUAUGUCGUUGCCUGCCUGAAUGCCUGUCUGGACUGGCUUCCAGGAGACGGUCCAGCUCCAUCUUCUGUGGCCAAAGACAUCGUCAAGGUUACCAGUGACAGAAAAUUGUGGGAAGUCUUCCACGACAUUCUUACCGGUGUUCUCUACCCAAUGAUGGCAAAGAGUCGUAAACCCUCAGUCACAGCUUCACCCUAUGAGGCCAACGCCGAGAUGAUUACGGGCAUGUUCCUUCUUCGAUCAGAGGUCCAGGAUAGCGAAUUCCGUAAGGACCUUUUGCGCCGAGACGGUUACCGCUGCUGCAUUACUCGCUUCCUAGAGCGAAAGAAAUGGAUCGAUAGUGGAAAGCCUAACGAGCCCCAGGACGCCCACAUAAUUCCGUUCAGUUUUGCGUCCUGGGCGGGAAUCCAGGAUACGAAGGACGCCUCCGAUCAGGGGGAGGUGUUGUUCAGGUGCUUCCCCACGCUACUUAAUCACAGAUUGAGGCCUAGAACAAUCAAUAGCCUGUCAAACGGUAUGAUGUUGAUCAUUCCCCUACACAUGGCAUUUGGAAGUUUCGAUAUGGCCUUCGUCCAGACAGACGAGCGGAAUGUCUACGACAUUAAGACCUAUCCCGACAUAGGCUUCACCGCUCUGCCUUUCCUGCCUAGUAAUCGCGAGGUCAAAUUCGAAUGCGCCAAAGGGGAAGACCUCCUGCUGCCAGAUCCGGCGUAUCUGGACUGCCACUACCGUGUGGCCGAGAUCCUCCAUGCUUCAGGUCUGGCGGAGUACAUUGAGCGCAAAAUCCAAGACUGGGAAGACCUGAAACAGUCUGGUGGAACAGAUGGCGAUGUCACCCGCAUUCUGAACACCGCUCUGUGGACAGCUGUUGCGGGAUGA